UAUCGCUUAGCUCGCUCUGCCCGGGCCUCGACUAGGUGGUGUCAUUGUGGACAUCUGCUUUCUUGUUUCUUCAAGUCUUCAGUAUUGUGCCCUUUCGUACCAUGACUUCUAACAAGGGCGAGCAAGAGCAGCAGCACGCCUUUGAGCGUGCCUCCGUGGACGAUACUGCUCUUUCCCACCAAGCAUCGACAAGCAGCGAAGAGAGUUCUCCAGAUCAACACUUUGAGCCCAUUCGUACUAGGAAAACACGGGAUGAGGCCGACUAUCAGUUUGACCGUGGCGAUGCUGCCACACGGACUGAGCUGGCAAGACUGGCCUCAGUGCUGUCUGGGGUCCAAGCUGUCCGUACAACCACAAGUGAGGGUCUCUCGAGGCAAGACACAGUCGCAGGAAUGGCGCCAGAAUCCCCAGAGUUCGAUCCCAACCAUCCGUCCUUCAACUUUUUUCUUUGGUUGCGGAAAUUCUCACAACUUCUCGAACAGCAAGGUGUCAAGCACCGAAGGAGUGGCUUCACGUUCAAGAACCUCAGCGUCUCCGGCAAAGGUGCCGCUCUAGUGCUCCAGCAGACUGUGGGCUCGAUCUUCAUGCAACCUUUUCGUAUGCGCGAAAUCUUCAGCCAUCCUCCAGAGAAGCAAAUUCUACGCAAUUUCAAUGGACAUGUCGACAGUGGGGAAGUGCUCAUCGUUCUAGGAAGACCUGGAAGCGGAUGUUCUACCUUUUUGAAGACCAUCUGUGGAGAGCUCCAGGGCCUUAGCAUUCCGAAAGACUCCAGCAUUACAUACAGUGGGAUACCGCAAGAAGUGUUCUUGAAGGAGUUUAAGGGUGAAGCUGUCUACAACGCCGAGAACGAAAGGCAUUUCCCUCAUUUGACGGUUGGGGAGACCGUUGAGUUUGCUGCCGCUUGCCGCACACCGUCUAAUCGCAUCUUCAACGUCCCCCGUAAGGUAUGGAUCAAACAUAUAUCAUCUGUGAUGAUGAACAUAUUCGGUCUAAGUCACACUCGCAACACCAAAGUAGGAGAUGAUUUUGUUCGAGGCGUUAGUGGCGGAGAGAGAAAGCGUGUCAGUAUUGCCGAGAUGGCACUCGCUGGACCUCCGAUAGCUGCAUGGGAUAAUUCGACCCGCGGACUGGACUCUCAGACGGCACUCGAGUUCGUCCGCUCCCUGCGAAUAGGCGCAGAUGUUGCUGGCCUCACGUCUCUGAUAGCCAUUUACCAAGCAUCCCAAGCUAUCUAUGACUUGUGCGAUAAAGCAAUUGUCUUGUAUGAAGGCAAGCAAAUCUACUUCGGCCCCACAGACGAAGCGAAGGCGUAUUUUGAGGAUAUGGGCUGGUAUUGCCCGCCGCGACAAACGACCGGAGAUUUCCUGACCUCGAUCACCAAUCCUCGUGAGAGAAAGCCUCGGGAAGGCUACGAAAAUCGAGUGCCACGUACAGCUGAAGAGUUCGAACAAUAUUGGCGCGAGAGCCCGAACUACAAGUAUACCCAAGAUGAAUCUGCUCACGCUGCGGAAGUGAACGCCGACGGAAAGCAAGCCCUCGACACAUUCCGAGAAUCUCACAAGGAAAUGCAGGCGCAACAUACUCGUCCACAAUCAUCUUACACUAUCAGUAUACCCAUGCAAAUCCGCUUGUGUACGAAACGAGCAUACCAGAGGCUGUGGAAUGACAAAGCUUCAACAAUUGCCGUCAUCUUCAGUCAAGUCGCACAAGCCUUGAUUAUUGGUUCCGUAUAUUUCGGCACUCCGCUCUCCACUGGAUCCUUCUUUGCGAAAGGCGCUGUCCUCUUCUUUGCGGUGCUCCUUAGUGCUCUGCAGUCGAUUGUUGAGAUCAACACGCUAUAUGCCCAACGACCGAUCGUUGCGAAGCACAAGUCCUACGCCUUUUAUCAUCCCUUCACCGAGGCUGUUGCGGGAAUCCUGGCUGAUCUGCCGAUCAAGUUCUGCGUCACUACCGUUUUCAACGUUGUAUUGUAUUUCCUCGCAGGUUUAAGGGCCGAACCAUCUCAAUUCUUCAUCUUCUUUCUAUUCAACUUUAUGGCCAUGUUGACAAUGUCAGCCAUAUUCAGAUGUACUGCAGCUGUCACCAAAACGAUCUCGGCCGCUCUCGCAAUUGCCGGCAUCAUGGUGCUGUGGAUUGUCAUCUACACUGGGUUCACCAUCCAGCGAACUUAUAUGCAUCCGUGGUUCAAAUGGACUAGUUGGAUAAAUCCGGUCGCGUAUGCAUAUGAGGCUCUGAUAGUCAACGAAGUGCACGGUCGCGAAUUCCCAUGUGCAGCGAGCAGCUUGGUCCCUCCUUACGGCCGAGGAAACAACUUUCAAUGUGCUGUUUCAGGCGCUGUUGCUGGUCAGAUCAAUGUCUCUGGCGAUGCAUGGGUGAAGUCAUCUUACGGCUAUUCCUACAGCCAUAUCUGGCGGAAUCUGGGGUUCCUCUUUGCUUUUAUGAUAUUCUUCUACGCCAUCUACUUCGUUGCUACCGAAUUGAACUCCGAUUCGACAUCCACCGCAGAGUUCUUGGUAUUUCGACGAGGUCAUGUUCCUGCCUACAUCCAGAAUGGUGGGCGCAAAGAUGAAGAGGCCCCCGAUCACGCCGAAGCGCCGACGGUGGCCGGCAAUGGAGUUGAUGAAAAGCAGGAGGAAGAUGUCAAUGCCCUUCCGCCGCAGAAGGACGUCUUUACUUGGCGGAAUGUCACCCUUGACAUCAAGAUCAAGGGAGAGCCUCGAAGAUUGCUUGAUGGUAUAUCCGGUUGGGUUAAGCCUGGUACCCUGACAGCCUUGAUGGGCACAUCAGGGGCCGGAAAAACGACGCUUCUUGAUGCGUUAGCACAGAGGACUAACAUUGGCGUCUUGACUGGCGACAUGCUCGUAAACGGCAAACCAUUGGAUGCAUCAUUCCAACGCAAGACAGGCUACGUCCAACAACAAGACUUGCACCUUGAAACCACCACUGUCCGAGAAGCACUUCGAUUCUCUGCAUAUCUUCGACAACCAAAAUCGGUCCCGAAGCAAGAGAAAGACGCUUUUGUCGAGGACGUCAUUCAAAUGCUCAACAUGGAAGAUUUCAGUGAAGCGGUUGUCGGUAACCCGGGCGAGGGUCUGAAUGUUGAACAACGUAAAUUGCUGACGAUUGGUGUCGAACUCGCUGCGAAGCCGGCUCUUCUGAUCUUCCUGGACGAGCCUACUUCUGGACUGGACUCUCAAAGCUCGUGGUCGAUCGUGGCAUUCCUUCGGAAACUCGCGGACUCUGGACAAGCUAUACUGUGCACCAUCCAUCAGCCAUCGGCCAUUCUCUUCCAGGAGUUCGACAGGCUUUUGUUCCUCAUGAGAGGGGGCAAGACCAUCUACUUCGGUGACAUCGGACCCAACUCACAGGUACUGCUUGACUAUUUCGAACGGAACGGCGCUCCCAAAUGCGACGAGAACGACAAUCCGGCCGAGUACAUGCUAGACAUAUGUGGCAAGAAGUCAGACCGAGACUGGAGCGAGGUCUGGAAGACGACUCCCGAAGCCAGAGAGGUUCAAGCCGAACUCGAUCGAAUCCAUGCAGCAAAGGGAUCCGAACCUGUUGCUGAUCAUGGUCCAGCCACCGAAUUUGCCAUGCCGCUGACCUCGCAGAUUCACUAUGUUACCGUUCGUGUUUUCCAGCAGUACUGGAGAACACCGUCAUACAUCACUGGCAAGUUCAUAUUGGGCAUCAUGGCCGCGUUGUUCAUUGGCUUCUCUUUCUACAAGCAGAAUGCCACGCAGGCCGGCUUGCAAAAUACGCUUUUCGCAGUCUUCAUGCUUGUCACUAUUUUCUCCACGCUGGUCCAGCAAAUUAUGCCGCGUUUCGUCAUCCAGAGGUCGCUUUAUGAGGUUCGGGAACGACCGUCCAAAGCCUACUCUUGGGUGGCCUUUCUUGUCGCCAACGUCGCGGUGGAGAUUCCAUAUCAACUCGCUCUCGCUGUCUUGAUGUGGAUUUCCUGGUAUUUUGCAGUCUUCGGCAAGAACCAGUCGAACCAGACGCGUGGAUUGAUGCUGCUUUUCGUGGCUCAGUUCAUGAUCUUCACCAGCACGUUCGCCCACAUGAUCAUUGCAGCCAUGCCGGACGCCGAAACAGCAGGAAACAUCGCCACGCUCCUGUUCAGCAUGAUGCUCACGUUCAACGGCGUGCUCCAAUCGCCGACAGCGUUACCCGGGUUUUGGAUCUUCAUGUGUAUGUUUUUGGCUAUCAGCCCCGUGCCAUUAAUGGUGUUUUGCCGCCUUCACGGCCUUUGCUGACUUGCCUUUUUUAUAGAUCGCGUGAGUCCGAUGACCUAUCUCAUCUCCGGCUGGGCGAGCACCGGUCUACACGGCCGACGUGUGGAGUGUGCGCGGAAUGAACUGGCCAUAUUCGAUCCACCGUCGGGUCAAACCUGCCGACAAUACCUGGCCGAGUACUUGCAGGCCGGGGCACCGGGACAGCUGUACAAUCCCGGUGCGACGAGUGGCUGCGAGUACUGUCCGCUCACGUCUGCGGAUCAGUUCCUCGCCGCGAGCAAUGUUUACUACAGCGAGCGGUGGCGGAACUUUGGCAUCGGGUUCGCUUACAUCUUUUUCAACGUCUUCGCCUGCAUCAUGCUGUACUAUGUCUUCCGGGUGCGACGGUUCAGCAUCACCAGCCUUGCUAAGUGGCCGGCUCUUGUCGCGGAUGUCGUUCUGAUUCAGGGUUUCAGGAGGUUGUUCGCACGACAUGUGGAGCCUACGCCGCCUGGGAAAGAGGCACAGAGUCACAAGGCGUUUUGAGAGGCGGGUUCUGAGGAAGGAGGUGUGGCUUGGAUUCUCUUCUUAUGGUGGAAAUUUGGGACAGUGAUUGCGUUUGUAUAGCUCGAUGUUCAUUGCUUGACAUAUUACCGAGUACUAGUACUCUGUAGAGUGCGAGAGUGCUUAAUAAAGGCUGUGUCAUCCGCUCCGUCUCUUGUCAGUCCCUUGCAGCAGAGGAAGAGCUUAGCACAGCUUAGCAGAG